CCCCCCGGAGCCGUGCCCCCAGCUUUACUCAGAAAUCGCACAGCUCUGAGGCUGAAAGGACUGGGCAGGAAACUCUGCGAGAUUGCCUUCUCUUUCCUGGUUCCUCUCCCCACUGCCCCUUCUGUCUGGACUCUUUCUAGGACAACCUCAACCCAGCACAACUCCCUUCCUUCCUUUGGGAGCAAUCUGAGCCUGGAGCCUGUUGUGAGGGAUCUCAGACGUAAGCAUCUCUGCCUGAGAGCUCGACCCAUUCCCUGGGAGGGCUAACUUGCCAGCAGGACCAUCUGCCUGAUCACAGUCACCCUCUGCUUCCUGGAGCAGGUUACUCCACUGAUCAGCAACAUCAUGCAGCCCUCCCCGUCCCGUCACACCCCAUCACCUACAUCCUUCACCUCUGCUGGGCCAGACCAUGAAGAUUGGGACAUCUUAUCUAUGUCGGAUGUCAGGGACACAGAAAAAGCUUCCAAAGAAUGGAAGUUGCCGGAGAUAGUCUCUGCGGUCAAGGAGACCAUGAAGACAGCAUCCAGUGCCUCAGUGAGAAUUGCAGUGACUGGGGACUCUGGCAAUGGCAUGUCCUCCUUCAUCAAUGCACUGCGGAGAAUUGGGCAGGAGGAGGAGGACUCAGCUCCCACAGGUGUGGUAAGAACCACCCAGAAACCCACUCUCUACCGUUUCUCCGACAUGCCCAAUGUGGAGCUAUGGGACCUGCCUGGCACAGGGGCUGCCACCCAAAGCCUGGAGACCUAUCUGGAGGAAAUCCAGUUUAGCAAGUAUGACCUCUUCAUAAUCAUUGCAUCUGAACAGUUCAGCAUGAAUCUCGUGAAGCUUGCCAAAAUCAUCCAGGGACAGGGAAAGAGGUUCUACGUUGUCUGGACCAAGCUGGACAGAGACCUCAGUACACGUGUAGUCUCAAAGGAACAACUCCUGCAGGAUAUCCAAGAGAAUAUCCAGGUAGCUCUCCAGAAUGAGGGAGUGUAUGAACCCAUCAUAUUUCUGGUCUCCAACUUUGACCCCUUCUUGCAUGGCUUCCCAGAGCUUAGGAAGAGCUUGUGCAGAGAAGUGUCUGACAUCAGGUACCAUGAGCCCCUACAGAACCUGUCUGACACCUAUGGGAAGAUCAUUAAUGACAAAGCAAUCACUUUUUGGGGGCAAAUAGGCUCAGAGUCUUUCCAGGACAGCUUUGGCAUCCAGAAUGCAGAUGAUCUUGAGGAGUUUUUGAAUGCCUGCCACUCAUUCUUUGGUUUGGAUAAUGAGUCUCUCCAGGAGGUGGCCCAGAGUAUGGGAAAACCUAUGGAGGAGUACAAGGCCAUUAUGAAGUGUCCGGAUCUACACACUGUCCUCAGCGGGGACAGGUUAUUAUCAUGGAUAAAUUGUAAUACAGACACUUGCUUAUAUUCGACUCUGAAGAGAAUCCCAUUUGUAGGUUAUGUCAGUUUCUGCUACCUUAGAGGGUGGAAUCAAUGGCGCCUCAUUGACAAUGUCGCCAGGGACACCAACACCAUCCUGAAGAAAGUUCUGACAGAUGCUGCCAUCUGAAGGGUGAGAUCUCAGCAGGCUCCUUCUUGGGGAAAGUCAGGAUAUCUGGGGUCCUCUCCUCACACUCUAUCCUUUAGAAUUCUCAAUCAGUUCAGUAUUUCCACUUUUGUUAGUUCUAAGUUCCUUGAGGUAAAUGAGCUGACUAGAUCAUUUUGAACCCACAUCUCAGCAAAUUUCCAAAUAUGUCCUACUUCUCAUUUAUUAAAUGAGCUGGGAUCCAAAGAUGGAAGAAAAGACUGCACAGUGUGACAUAUAGUCUCAUUCUGACAUCCCCUUAUCACUUAACGUUGGCAUCAUUUUUCCAAGGCCUCUUGGUUUUCCCCUGUUCCUUCAGUUCUCACUUCUCAGUACAUGGACUCAAAGAGGCACACCUGUAGUCAGACAAUAGAACAUCCUUUGGGAUGUUCCCUUUGGGGAAGUAUAAUUGGAGAGUGUGUGUUUAGUUGUUCUCCGAAAAGUACUGUGUAGUGGUACCAGGAUCAAAGGCCAGUCUUGUGUCCUGUAAAGCUCUGUCCUUAUAUCUGUCUUCAGCAAUUGCCCAAUCAUUUAUAUCCAAAAAAGGAUACAGGAGGUGGACUCCAAGUCCAUUUUACUGGGAUUGAGAAAUUGUUGAAUGGAAAAGGCAAACCUGACUAUUUUAAGUACCAAACACCAAGAGGUUCCAUGCUCUUCAUAUGUACACGCUUAUGGUGGGCCUGCAUGGGAAGUAGUGCCUGUUAGAUUAUGUUUGCUAUGCAGAAAUUUUUGCUCACAUAAAGUACCUGCUGAGGCGCCUGGGUGGCUCAGUGGGUUGGGCCUCUGUCUUUGGCUCAAGUCAUGAUCUCGGGGUCCUGGGAUUGAGCCCCGCAUCGGGCUCUCUGCUCAGCGGGGGGCCUGCUUCUCCCUCUCCCUCUGCGUGCCUCUUUCCCUACUCAUGAUCUCUGUCAAAUAAAUAAAUAAAAUCUUUUAAAAAAUAAUUAAAAAUAAAAAUAAAGUACCUGCUAUGUUCUGUUCUUCGCCAAAGUUAUUUCCCAUGUUGGUCAAGGCAACUAAAUUUGAGCAUCAGUAUUAAGGAAACCAACCCACUGUCUAUGAUCUCAUUGUUUAUACCGUUAACCCAAACUAUAUAAACUUUAUGGAAGUUCUCCUAAUUGGAAACCACUCCAGACCAUAGCCCUAGAUUUUUCUCCUUGCUGGGCAUGUAUGUAAUAAAAAUGGUUUUUUAUCAAAAAA